AUGGUCGAAAGACACCGAGACCCGGACGGUCGUAUCCGAUGGGCGGAUCUCAGAAAUAGCUGGGACUGCUCGCGGAUGGAGAACGAUCCUAGAAGAACUCUCAGUGCUCUCAAGGCCGCG